AUGUCUCCUUGUCCCCCUGGCUGCUGCUGCCGUCACCCAGGGCUUUUGGUUUUGUGCGAGUCCCUGGGUCUCAAGUCCCUCCCUCGCUCUGUCCCGCUCAGUACCUCAGCCCUAUCUGUGGCCAGGAACCAGCUCUGUAACAUAGACCACCUGCUCCGGCCCUUCUCUGGACUGCAGGAACUGAGCCUCAGCCACAAUCAGCUGGCCCGGUUCCCUCGUGGUCUGCCUUCGAGCCUGGAGUCCCUGCAGCUCCAAGAGAACCGCAUCACCUACAUCACUUCAGGCGCCCUGCGGCAACUGGGGAACCUCACUCGCCUGGAUUUGGAGGACAACCGCAUUCGUUCCAUCCAGCCCGGAGCACUUCAAGGUCUUGGGAAGCUGAAAGUCCUGACACUGAAGGGCAACAAACUAACAAGCCUGCCUCUGAAUCUUCCACCGUCCUUGACCCAGCUGGAUGUCUCAGCUAACUGUAUCUCUGCCCUGGACCUGGCCGCACUGUCUGCACUGGUAAACCUGCAGGUUUUGAAAAUCAACAGCAACUGCCUGCGGUCAGUCCCAGAGAAUGCAUUUGACAGUCUACCACAUCUUCGGUCUGUAGACCUAGCCAACAAUCUCUGGGUGUGUGAAUGUGAUAUUUUGUAUCUUUACCGCUGGUUACUGAGUGGAAGACUGAAGAUGGCCACUGACCUGGUUUGCACUGAGCCAGUUCAUCUUGCUCACAGACUGCUUCUAAACCUGUCUGUCAUGGCUAUCUGUCCCCAUGUCCUGAAGCCAGAUAAGAAGAUCAACCAACCUAACCUCCCUUACGGCCUGCAGAGAAAGUUGGAUACCUCCACACUGAUGCCCACAGCACCUGGAUUGCAAACCUCAUUCGUAAAGAAAACGGAUUCAACAGUUAUGACUGAUAGUUCAACGGAGCUGGCCUCGUCUGAAGUUUACAACAAUCAUCAACGUGUUUUUUUGCCUCGUGUAUUACCUCACCACUACUCUUUGGAGACUCUGAGCUAUGAGGAGUGUUUGUUCCUCAGUUCAACACCUUCAGUAAGCCUGUCUGGUGUUAAAACCACUACUUCUCUCCCCAGUGACGAACCAAGGUGCCUAGACAAUGUCACAGGACGGUACCCUCACAGUAACUCCACCUCUACUGAAGGAACAAGCACCCCGAGUCCCACAAACAAGGCUGGCCCUGUGCCCACUCCCAACAGCAGGCCAUCCUCUCAGCAGGACUCUGCAGCAGUCAUAUCUCUGCUGGCUGUCUUAUGCAUCUUAGUAGCGUUCCUAAUGGUGGCAGUGCUGCUGGUACUGAAAAAGAUCCUUUUGCGCCAACAGAGGGUGGCUCCACUUCAGCAAUCUUAA